UCGUCGAAGUAGUAAGGUGUUUAUCCACAAUCAUGGCGAACAAAUGGGUGCUGGUGGCCGUCUUGGCCCUAGCGGUGGUAGCGGUUUCUGGAAAGAAGUCUGCCUCUGCCGUGUCAGUACUGGAAAAGGUUUUGAAUGGCAACCCGAUGCCAAAUAUUCCCAAAGGAUACACAUCGCAAAAUCCUCGGACCGUUGAGCACACUUUCCGCACUCGUGUCGAUCACUUCAACCCACAGAACCGUGCCACCUUUGAGUUCCAGUACCUGUCCAACGACGAAUACUACCAACAGGGCGGACCAAUCUUCGUAUUCGUCGGCGGAAAUCACCCAAUCACUUCUUAUUUCAUUGAGCAAGGUCACUUCCGUGAUAUUGCCAACUACGAAAACGCCUGGUUAUUCACCAAUGAACAUCGUUACUACGGAAACAGCACUCCGACUGCGGAUCUCUCGGUUGAAAAUCUUCGUUUCUUGACCGUUGAGCAGGGAUUGGUUGAUUUGGCAGAAUGGAUCCACCACCUGCGUCAUGAAAUUGUUGGCGAUCCAAAUGCUCGAGUUAUUCUGCUGGGAGCUGGCUACGCUGGAGCUAUUGCCACGUGGAUGCGUCAACGGUAUCCCCAUCUAGUUGAAGGUGCCUGGGUUUCCAGUGGACAAAUUGAAGCUCGCUUCAACUUCAAAGAGUACGCUAUUGAGAUCGGUGAGUUGAUCCGUGACCAUGGUUCGAAUGAAUGUUACAGUCAAAUCUGGAGAGCCUUCCGUACGGCGGAGAACUUGGUGGAUGUUGGAUUGGCCCCCAUUGUUGAAGAUCUGUUUAACACAUGUGAGCCUAUCGACGCAGAAACUAUGCUGGAUGUAGAGACUUUCUUCUUCCACGUUAAAACGGCAUUGCAGGCUGUUAUUCUAGAUGAGCAAGACACUGAAACUACAACCGAGCUUUGUGAACAGUUGGCCAGUAACAAUGGAACGACUGAUCUACACAUUAUUGCUGACUGGGUUCUUGACUUUUACGACUUCCUGGAGUGUAUGCCUUUUGACUUUAAGGCCGCUAUCGAUGCACAUCAGUAUGUCGAUCCAGAAGCUCCAGCGAAUGCGUUGUAUGGUCUGCGUCAGCGCACUUACCAACUUUGCACGGAGUUCGGAUGGUUCUUGACCGCGGAUGCUGAUGAUCAGCCCUUCGGCUAUCGCGUCACUAUGUACUUCUUCCUGAAUGUUUGCAGAGCCGUUUACGGAGAAUGGCUAACCAGCCAGGUCGUUGUGGAUGGAGUACAGCUGACCAACAUGCAUUUCGGUGGCCAAAAUCCUCGUAUCUCCAAUGUGUACUUCACCAAUGGUGAUUUGGAUCCCGUGAGAGAUGUUUCGAUUACCGAAUACUACGAGGCGGGCGCUGGGGCAAUUGUUGUCCCAGGAUACUUUGCUAACGAAGAUCUUAAUUCGAUCAGUGGAUACAAUUCACCUGAAAUGCUUGAUGCCAAACACUAUGUACAUGAGUUCAUUAAGAGCUGGUUGUGGGAGCCAAUUGUACCGAUAUAAAGAUGUUGAAUAAAUGUGUUGCGUUUUUGCGUAA